GCCUCGGACAGCCCUCUCCUGUCCUCGCGCUGCGCUCGCAGCAGCAACAACCUGGCAGGCAGCGUUCAGCGGCCGUUUCAGUGAAACUCAGCCUCCAGUCUAUACACAAACACAGGUCCGGGAACCGCUCCAGGCCGCCGACACCGGACAAAAGUCGCCCGUUGAGGAGGAAGAGCCGCCGGUGCCGCCGCUGGAGCAGGAAAAAAAGACUUCAGGUGCAGCUUGUUAGCGUACUUUGAUAGUGCAGUUUGUGCGGCAUCUUACUGAGGACGGAAGAUAUCACAGUCGAAGGAGCCGAGUUUCCCCUUCAAUAAGAUGGCAUCAAAUGACUCUCGGCUGCAACAGCAGCCCUCACAGAAGGAUGCAGCUGACCAGAACUUUGACUACAUGUUUAAGCUGUUAAUCAUUGGCAACAGCAGUGUGGGGAAAACCUCCUUUUUGUUUCGCUACGCAGACGACUCCUUCACCUCUGCCUUCGUAAGCACCGUGGGCAUCGACUUCAAAGUUAAGACUGUCUUCCGCAAUGACAAGAGGAUCAAGUUGCAGAUCUGGGAUACAGCAGGACAGGAGCGCUACCGAACCAUCACCACAGCCUACUACAGAGGAGCCAUGGGCUUCCUGCUCAUGUAUGACAUCACCAACCAGGACUCCUUCAACGCUGUGCAGGACUGGGCGACACAGAUAAAGACGUACUCAUGGGACAACGCUCAGGUGAUCCUGGUUGGCAACAAGUGUGACCUGGAGGACGACAGGCUUAUACCCACAGAAGACGGCCAGCGGCUGGCGGAGGAGUUAGGUUUUCAGUUCUUUGAGGCCAGCGCUAAGGACAACAUCAACGUGAAGCAGGUGUUCGAGCGUCUGGUGGACGUCAUCUGUGAGAAGAUGAACGAGAGCAUGGAAGGAGACGUCAACCUGGUGGCCAACCACCGGAACCAGAGCCUUAAAGACUCAUCGUCAGAGAGCCACGGGGGUUGUGCUUGCUAAACCAUCUUCCUUUUUACCAAGUCUCACACACACACACACACACACACACACACACACACACACACACACACAUAGAGUAAUAUUCACCUUAUUAAAAACAACUUCUUCUCUGUGCCUGAUCCGUGGGAAGUGCUGCUUCUUCUCUUUUCACCUGAGCCUCGCCAGGUUCUGCUUUGUCCGCAGCGAGUCGUAGGACAGUUAGCUGAGAUAAUCUUCAUCAGCGCUGUCGGGCCCUCUCCUCCCCAGUCCUGCUAUCUUUCCCCUGAGAGAGGCCCUUUCUCUCUGUCUCUGUCUCUGUGGUCUUGACCUCUCUGUUCUGCUGUGAGCUGAUAGUUCACUAAAAACUGCCUGGCACUCUGACCACUGCUGCCACAUCUGCUUUUGAAAUUUACAGUAUCUGAAACAUCCAUUCAGUCGGUGAAUGUUUUUACAGUGAUUCUAAACAUGUUGAAGUCGCAGUUAAACUGCUGCAUCUUUGUCAUCUGUUGUUUCGUUUGAGAUUCAUGCAGCUUUGGUUUACCUUGUAGAAACAUUUGGCACAGCUUUACGACAGCAGCCUUGCAUAUUUGUGCUACAUGAGGUGAGACAGACAAGACUGGAUUGAUGAACAGCUAUUUAAACUGCUGAACCAUAGAAACAGAAGGUGUCAUGCUUCUGUAACCGUAGCACUUCUUUUUUUUUUUUGCCUUACAUUUAUUCAGAGUGAUGGGUUUUAGCAGCUUCAGAGAGCGGUACGCUGUCCAGUCACAUCAAAAGUGCUUCAUUCUCUGGACUGACCGAUGAGGAAAAGCAGAAAAUAGUUUUUUAUAUCUUGCGUAAAGUUAUGUUAUGCUUUAGAAGUCCUACUGGACAAGUUUAACAGUUUGGGAAAACCAGGAAUCUGCUUUCUGUGUGAUAGGUAAAUGAGAAAACACCGGGUGAAAACAGAUGGGUGACAGAAAGCAGUGUCUUCGUAAAGUGUUGUCCCUCCACAGGCAACCAAAACAGCUUCAGGGCUUCUUGGCAAAGAUGUUAAAAGUCUCUAUACUCUACUGGAGGGAUGAACAGUUUGGUGUUUUGGUGUGGAAAACACCUCUGAGCUUGCAUUGUGACGAAAGAGGAUCUUCUUAAAUGUGGAAAAAAUGUACAGAAAAAGAGAAAACAUACACUGGACACAUUCCAAAAUCUCAAAUCAGGAUAGAAAUAGUUUAUUAUAGAACAGAGGUGUGAAAUGUUUAGAUUUAUGCCUACUGCUUGCAGGUGGUUAGCUUAGCCUAGCUUAGCCUAGCGUAGCCUGCUUCUUUUUUCAUAAGAUUCAAUCCCUACAAACUCAUCUCUCUCCAUCAAAGCUACAUAUUUAGGAACUUUCUUCCUUGAAAAUAAUCCCUUCUGGCUUUAAAAAUGGCUUGCAUGUGUGGAAAACUAAUCAGCAUAUCUCCCAAAAUGUCAAACUUUUCUUUCAAAUCCAGUCUAGCUCUGCCUUCUGCCAUUUUUUUUUUUUUGUGGGGGUUCAUGUUGAGGGUAAAUACUGAGCUGUGUCCUCAUACAUGCGUCACAUCCAACGUGAGGAAGUCGUUGGUCACGUGACCUGCUUCAUGUCCUCGCUUACUCCUUUGUGCUACUCUUUCUUUAAUGCCCGCUCCCUCUUGCACAUGCUUUCACCAUGAUAAACACACAAACACACAUGAACACGCACCCAAACCGCUCCCAUGGCUGCAGCACGGCAGAACAGUUGGCAUGGCAACCCUACUAAAACUGAGUAUUGACUAAGUGGUAAAUUACCUUUUUUUUGUGUGUGUGUGUGUGUUACUGACAUAAUGACUGUUUAGUAGAAGUGCAGCGCGGUCUGUGUGUGUGUAUGUACACAGAAAGGGGGAAAAACGAAUAAGUCCUGCUGAAAAUAUCAGGAAGAACGACGACUUCAUUCCCCCAUUUCUGCAGCAUUUGUCCUUUUUUUUUGCUCAAAUAAACGCAGUUAGGAAUUUUAAUCGCGCCACGCUUUUGUCAGCAGUUAAUUGUACAUUUGAUUGUUUGUGUUGUUUUGACAUUUCAGUAUUGAACCGACAACCCCUUCUGAAAACUGUGUCGAAAUUUGAAGUGUCUUUGUUUGUACCACGACUCUAUAAUGGAAAAAACUUGCUAAAUUUUGUGGGUUUUUUGCUGUUAAUCGUCACAUGCAGUGCCAUUUGACCAUCACUGUCCACGUGGUGACUACUGACUGUUUGUUAGUACGAAUCCUCGCCUCUGUACAACGAUAGCAACCUCAUGUUUGCAUGCCAAAGCCUUUUACUGUAACAGGCCGGGCUGCAGCUUUCUUACCAGCCUGUGGUCAGUUAUCUCUCCUGUCAGUGUGUGCUGCUGAAUAGUGAUAGAGGUUUACAGAUAUCAGAUAGUUAUCGUCUCAUCUGCACCACACUGAGCUUUAAUGCAGAGAUCUGGCGUAAGAGAGUUGCGUGCAAAGUCUCAAAACACUAUUUGUGCAGUCUUGCAGUGUAUUAGAACUGAAUGCUGAGGCUUCUGGGGGCAUAAAAUAUCUGUGAUUGUUUCUCUAAAGGAGCUUAUGAUGGUGGCUGCUGCUUGAAAACGUAGUAAAUGUGCUUAGAUGGCACUACUCUAAUAAGGAAUUUUAAUCAGUUCGUCCAGUAUCUGCCAUGUUGAAAACUCCUGACGCACUUGUACAAACACGUCUGUAGCAUCAGAGCUGUUAGUCUUGCAUGUGUUUCUUCUUUCUUACACGAUACAACAAAAGUGAGUACACCCUGUGCAAUAUCACUUCAAUACUUUGAGUAUUUCCCUCUGGUGAAUAGUCAAAAGCAAAAAAUUCCAGGAAGACUUUAUCGAAAACAAAACGACCAAAGUCGAAACUCGAUGCAAUGAGAGUGAAAACACCUGUGGUCACUGAAGCCAAUUCCUUGAACAUGGCUCAAAAAUGACUUGUGACCUUUUCGGUUUUGGAUUUACUUGCUGCGUUUAUUAUUCAGAAGACCUGAAAAGCUUGACUGAGACUUCACAACAAUGGAUAAGGAGACGGGACAAUCAGUGACCAAGUAAAAAUCAGUUGAAUCACGGUCGCAGUAGUAACCAAAAGGUGCAACAUGAGCCAAGUACCUCUAAUCAGAGCUGCAGUUUUUAUCCUCUUAAAGUGACGCCACAUACGGUGGACCACCUGCAAAUUUGAAUUCUGACGAUCAGAUCGGCAGGGAGUUAUUACUGGAAAUUAGAGUUUCUGUGAUGGAGAGUGAGAAGGACAUCGUAUAAAAUCAGUGUCGACCUGUGAACGUGAAAAAGGAACAUUAAAACCACGUUUCUCGGUCAGAUGAAGCCAAGAUCAAUUUGUUUGGUUGAACAAACAUGUUGGGGUCGUUCACAUUUAGCUAAAGAACACAUAAUCCUGACAGUGAAGCGCAGAUAGGUUGGGCUGCUUGAGUGCAUGAAGUGUUGGGAAGGUGUCAUUUGUAGAUGCAUCAUGACUGUCUGAAGAAAUCAGACAAGAAGACUCCCAGUCUACAGAAGCUUCCAUGAGGAACAUUCAGGCACGACAACAAUCCAAAGCACGCUGGCAAAAUCACAAGAGUUUCUGAAGAGGAAAGACGGAUCCUGCAGAACAGCUUUCAGAGAAAUAUACAGCAACACAACCCAUUCAGCAAAGAAAAACAAACAGAAUGAUGAACAUCUCCGUAGAAAUGCAGAUGGGGACUGGGUCUGUCAUCAAAAAUAAAGGUUUAAAGAUUUAAACUGGAAGGUGUAGUAACUUUUGCUGGACUGAGUUUCAACUGUGGUGUGUGUCUGUUUGCUGUUCUUUUAAUAAUUAAUGCAGUUAUUGUGAGGUGAUGCGACUUGGACUCAUUUGGUAUUUACCUGACAUUGCACAGGAGUGUACUCACUUGUUUAUUUAUGCUCUCUUUGUUCCUUUCUUAAAGACAGGAGAUCACUUCACUUUCUCUCUUUAUUUUAGAUUUUGAGCGUGUUGUAUGAAAGCAUUGUUUAAAAAAACUGCAUCUUGUAAACAACAAGGAUAAAUGGAAUUUGUUGAAAUGUGUACAUGUGAAAAUAAAGAAUAUAUUCAUUAGAAAAGGGAGAGCAGCCCUGCCAGUCA